GGACUGGAUAUUUUCUAUUAACCCUUGUUUCAUUCCGGCACGCUACUUUCGUUCCCGCUUUUCGUCUCAGCAGUGUCAUUUUCUUUCAAUUAUAUCUCUUUCCUGCGCGUAUGUUCAUCUUCAAGGUAUGGAGCUCCUGGGGCUGAUCUCACUUUGGGAAUCAAGGCAAUUCUUGCAAACAAAUCUGUUACUUCCUCCUCCCUUUGUCUCACUUUCUCACCGAUUAAAUUUGCUCAAAUCCACCUCAGUUCAAUAGGUAGGGUUUUCUAUCAUUUUCUACCGAUUCGUCUACGUUCAUCUUCGUCUAGAGGUAUGUAUCAUUUAAAAACCUUCGUAAUUUUGAUUUCUUCUGACUAAUUAAUCUUUUCCAUUGUUUAAAUUAUUCUCUUCCACCAAUCCUUCGAACCCAGGGUUCGUAGUUCGUUUCCCCUUCUUUCGCGACUUCCUCUAUUUACCCACUCGCGACUUUUGCUAAUUUAUCUUAAUAAAUGACAACCACUUUUUGUUUACAGCUCAUACUGGCAACAGUUCCAAAUAAUGGAAAUAGUACAUCACCAAGAAUUGUGUCAGAGAACAACAUUAAGUUUCUGUUCGAAAUACAGAAAAAGGUUGAUGCAAUUCGUGCUAAUUAUUCUGGUUCGAUGGUAUCUUUGCAAGACAUCUGUAUGAAGCCACUGGAUAAAGAUUGUGCCACUCAAAGUGUCCUACAGUACUUCAAAAUGGAUCCCAAAAAUUUUGAUGAUUACGGGGGAGUUGAGCAUCUCAUUUACUGUUUCGAGCAUUAUUCCUCAGCAGACCAAUGUAUGAGUGCAUUUAAAGCUCCACUUGAUCCAAGCACUGUAUUAGGAGGAUUUUCUGGAAAAUGAUUAUUCAGGGGCAUCUGCAUUCGUUGUAACUUAUCCAGUAAAUAAAGUUGUUGAUAAAGAAGGUAAUGGAACAAGAAAGGCAGUUGCUUAGGAGAAGUCCUUUAUUCAGCUGGUGAAGGUUAGUAUCCUGUAUAUGGGUUGCAGUUAGGCACCAUUAGUCCCACCUUGCUAGUCAACAAUCAACUGUAUAUUUUAAAGCUUUGAUUUCCAAUUUGGUUCAGCAGAAAUAAGUGCUUUAGGUUGCUGCAAUUUCAUCCAUUCCUAGAAAAUACUUUAUACGGGUAUGAUUCCUGAAGAGUAUUAGUCUUCACAUUUGUAUUUUAAUUUACACAUCCCAUAACUGGGUCCAAGGUCUUCCUUUGUGGAAAGUACAAAGGUGCAUUACAUGUUUUAGUAAUAUGUAUGUUUGUCCUUUAUGAUGUUAUAUGAUCAUGUAUAAUGAAAUAUGGCACUAGCUUUUUCAUCUGAAAGCUCUGUUGAAGAAGAGUUGAAAAGAGAAAGUACUGCAGACACUAUUACUAUAUUGGUAAUAUUAUGCUUUCUAUCGUUGACACAUGGUUGUCCUUAGUACUUUAAUCUUUCUUUUGCGUGAGGCAUGAUUAUGGAUUUAUCUCAACAAGUUCUAUGUCAUGUAUUUCCAAAAUUGAUAUUUUCUUUUUGUAGGUGUAAUUUGUUUAAUUCUUCUGUUUUACAUUAUUUUAUUGCAGGUUAGCUAUCUCGUGAUGUUUGCUUAUAUAUCUCUUACUCUAGGGGAUACACUUCACCCUUCAUUUUUCUAUA